UCGAUAAUUAAAAUUAUUGACACACACACUUCUUACGAAAUCGUCAUUCGGCGAAGAAUUUUGUGUAAAAUAUUUUAUUUUCGUGGUAUAAGAGUUAUAUAACAUUUUAUUUAAUAUAACCAUGCAAGGACUCGGUUUACAAAGUAUUAAAAAGAAUCCUGCUCUUAUUCCCCUCUACGUAUGUGUCGGAGCUGGAGCUUGUGGUGCUAUCUUUUACAUGUUCCGCUUGGCUACCAGAAAUCCAGAUGUAACAUGGAAUCGUUCAUCCAAUCCUGAACCAUGGCAGGAAUAUAAAGAAAAGCAAUACAAGUUUUACUCUCCCAUCAGAGACUACAGCAAAACUAAAUCUCCUGCUCCAAACUAUGAAGAAUAAUAUGUAUUAUCAAUUAUAAAAUAUAGAAAACUUAAUCGCAUCGAAUAAACGAUUAAAAAUGUUGUAGCUAAAA